CUUUCAUUAUUACUAUUAUUACUAGUAUUUAUAAUUAUAUGUUAUUACUACAGUAUUAUUAACAUUACCAUUAUCACUGCUUUUAUUUUCUUUCCCACUCAUUUGUAAUGCGUUGGCAAUAUUGUACAAUGCACAGUCAUGCCAGUAAAGCAUAUUGAAUUGAAUUGAACGAGGUGGGGUGGGAUUGGGAAAUUACCUGGGUCGACUAAAACCCAGGUCCCCAUGGGCACGUCGACCUAAAUGUGGUACGGGCGCUGUGGCCAGUUGCGCCACUUGAUACUGUCCAGGGCCCGUAUUCACAAAGAAUCUUAAGGUUAAAAGUAGCUCCUAACUAAAACUCCUAAAAAAUAAUGGCUGUGUCAGCUGUAUCUUAAUCCAACAAGGAUUAAGUUUUAACAUGGAUUAAAUCAAUGGUUAUCCAUUAAUCCAGUUGCACCAAACUAUAAAACUAGUUUAAAGGUAAUCAGGUGUACACUUGAAGAGUUUGGUUCUAAAAUGCUCUAUCUCCAUAACCCAUAACUCUAUUCCUCUAACCCAUAGGGGAAGCAGCCCAGAGACAAGUGUCGGCCUAAAUGUCUUAGAAUAUAUCCGUAGUUUAAAUUUAACAACAGUGUAAUAAACUCCUCGGUUUAUAAAAGGUAUGGCCUUGUGCCUAAUUUGGUGUAGUUUAAGACUUAUUUAAGCCCACAAGUAUUCCCCUCAAACUAUAUUAAUCCCCCCUAUGUGAAUCACUGAAGGGGGAAUUUUAAUUUUGAAAAAUUAAUUGUAAGCCCUGAUAUAUGCAGGCCUGCUAGAACUGCAGAUAAAUCCAGUUGCAGUGCUGAGGAAUGCAGUGUAAUGGUGCAGACAGGGGCUGGAUUGACCACUGGUCACCAGCCAAUAUGAAAGUGGCUGGUAGAUUUAAAUAAGGAUAAGAAGUAAAAGAAGUAAGACACAAAAUAAGGAUCUACUGUUGAGUGGCUGGUGAAUUUGAGCACUUGUCUGUCAGUGGCUGGCAGAUAUGCCCAUUUUAAAAAAGUACAUUUCCACCCCUGGGUGCAGGAUUGUAUAGGUGCAGUGGUUCACUCACUCCCACAGCUGUGUGGUUCCCGUGCAGAUUGUGUGUCCUACCAUGUGUGCAGUGCGAUAGCGGCAAGCUGGGUUGAAGGGAGACCCCAAGUGCACUCGCGCUGGCCGACCGCCAUGUUGUGAGUGAGAGUGGCGCUCACUGUACUGAAUGAUGUCUUUGUUUAUGACCAUCCAUCCACUGCUUUUUGGAAUCAGUCCAUGUCCUGUGCUCAUUUUGUGCUCAUCCAACUUACGAUCUCUCCCUCCCUCUGCUGUUGUGUUACUGUAACUGGUAAUCUUUCAUCUCUCUCUCUGUCCCUCUUAUGUGAACACACCAAUCCUCCUGUUCCAGGCGGCACUGCGUGUGUGUUCACUGGGCAGCCCUUCGACACGGCCAAGGUGAAGAUGCAGACGUUCCCGGGCAUGUACCGCGGCUUCCUGCAUUGCUUCACCUCCGUCUACCAGCAGGUGGGGCUGCGAGGCCUGUACCGGGGCACCUCACCGGCCCUCAUCGCCAACAUCGCUGAGAACGCCGUGCUCUUCAUGAGCUACGGCUUCUGCCAGGACGUGGUGCGCUACGUCUCUGGGCGGGAGCGGGGAACCGAGCUGAGUGAUAUUCAGAAGGCGUGCUCGGGGUCAGUGGCCUCCAUCUUCUCCUCGCUGGCCCUCUGCCCCACGGAGCUGGUGAAGUGUCGCCUGCAGGCCAUGCAUGAAAUGGAGGCAUCGGGCAAGAUUGCCAGCGGCCAGAAGAGCACGGUGUGGUCAGUAGUGAGGAACGUGAUUCGGACUAAUGGGCCGCUGGGCUUCUACCAGGGCCUGACCACCACCAUAGUCCGGGAGCUGCCGGGAUACUUCUGCUUCUUCGGCGGAUACGAGCUCAGCCGCUCCACAUUCGCUCAGCACAUGGGCAAGGACAAAGAGGACAUAGGUGUGCUUCCCCUCAUGUUCAGUGGAGGCUUUGGGGGGGCGUGCCUUUGGCUGGUGGUGUACCCCAUCGACUGUGUAAAGUCCCGCAUACAAGUACUGUCUCUGGCCGGGCGGCAGGAGGGCUUCCUCAAGACUUUCAUUGGCAUUGUACGCAACGAAGGAGUGGCACCGCUGUACUCUGGUCUCACCCCAACCAUGAUCCGAACUUUCCCUGCAAACGGAGCCCUGUUCCUGGCCUACGAGCUCAGCCGCAAAGCCCUGAUGAGGAAGUUUGACAGCUGAGGUCCUCCGCUGUCCGUCUGCAGAGAUGAUGAUGAUGCUGCCAUUCCGCCCACUGCACCUCUCUCUCUCUCAGGAAAAUCAGUGACUUGUGUUUUACAGCAGUAGGUAUGUUAGAGGCCUGAGCAGGAAGGAUUCCGGUACUGUCACGCAGAAUUAUGUCAUGUUUUGUUUUGUUCUGUCACGUUUUGCACCACCACACCCGCCUGCAAAAGCCUGCGGAGUUUACACGGGAUGGAUUAUUCAACCCCAUUCCUGCCCGCCUGUUCCCAUUCAAAUGUGCCAUGUCUAAAAAGGCUGUUUACACCUGUUUCUGCAAAACAUGCAUUAUUUCAUGCAUCUUUCUGCAAACACAACUAAUGUGUACA